AUGUCAAUUCUUUCUCACGGGAGCGAAAAGGUCGGUGUACCUUAUAACGUUGGGCUGACUACAGAGAGUCUUUCUGUGUUCGAAGUAUUGAAUUCGCUGUGCGUUGUUGAAAAUUAUGAUCAACUUCUAUAUUACUUGGAAGCAAGGCGAUCCGCACUGGCGGUUCCACCCGCUGACGUCUUGAUAGUUAUGAUGACUUUGUCAGUAAUACCAGAUUUCGGUGCUGCAACCCUGGAGGCAGAGAUGGAUCCCUACAACGUGGGAAGGGCGUCUCUGGCAACGCGUAGCAUAAAACUUCUUAGGCAUUUCACAGACAUUUUGCUGUCAGAGCAUGCGGAGGAAGAAAACCAUUAUUCUCUUGCGCUGCUACGGAGUCAGUUUUUUAUAAUGCUGGAUCAAUUGUCGCUGCGUGGAAUAACAAGCACCAGAGUUCGUGAGCGUGAUUUUACGAAAAGGCGAAAGACUAAUUCCGGCGUACUCUUAGAGGCUUCCCCUAGUAUAUUUCGGGAUGAUCAGUCACCGCCGUUGCUAUCCUUCAAGAAUCCUUAUCCUUCCUACGUGAGUUGUUUGGAGCAUAGACCAGAGGUCUUGAAAAAUAUGCCUAUAACGAGUAAGCUCAGUCAAGAAGGGGAAUUCUGGAACUGCGUGGGAUGGGCUUUAUAUGCCUCGCUGUCCGAUGACUCCCAUAUUUACGAGCGCAGCAAAGUGUGGUUUGCAGUGUUAAGUGUAUUAUUUGACGCUUUCGAAAUGCGAAACAAAUACUCCAUUGACAGCGAAACUGACCCGACGGCAAACAACGCAGCUCGCCUAUCUUUCAUCGAGAGAAGUCCCCUUGUAGCACUAUUCCGUUCACUUAAUUCGCAAGGUUUAAUCCAAGCCUUUUGUGACAUACUAUUUUUGGGAUGUAGCUAUGAGCUGGCGGGUAAGCUUCGAGUUCAUUGCGUUUACCCCAAAGAAUUAAUGCAAGUCGAUACAUACGUACCAAAGCUUUUGGCACGCACCUCUUGCAAGUUCACACAAUCCAUGAGCUUCCGGCAUCGUCUUUUAAGCCUUUUCCUGACCAUGCUGCGGUCAAUUCCUGAAGGCGUUGAAUUCUCUAAACCCUGUCUUUCAGAGGCAGGCUUUGUGCGGCAUCUUGGUAAAGUUUUGAGCAGCUUUGAAGAUACAUCCCAGCUUAAACAAUUUUUUAGUGUGACAAACCCUUAUGAGUUUUUGGAUUAUAUGCCUCUUUUUGCCCAAGCCGCUGCAAAUGAAAGCUUAAAGGCUUUUGACGCAAAUUAUACCUUGAGCUUAGUGGAAAAGCUAGCAAACAACGAUCUAGUGAUUGAAGAGCUUGGUAAUGUGUUUGAGGCAGGCUUUCCUCCGUUGGAUGAGAAUUAUGACAGCCGCCCUGAACAGUUUUACAGCUCCAUCGAGAAAUGUGAUAUCUUUUUACUGGUGAUACUUAGGUACUGGGAAUAUAUUCAUGGAGCUCAGCUAAAAAUGACGCGUAUGCGUUGUGCUAUACGAGCUUUGAGUGUCAGCGACCAAAAAAGGUUGGAGUUUGCCAAAUUGAGGGGAUGGGAUGUAUUACAUGUACCUUCACUGCACGACCAUUUUCUUAGUGUGCUCUCAAUUUCACGUUAA